UUUAAGGACAGGGUGAAGCUGCUGGAGAGAAAUCUGAUAGGCGGAUACGUGUCUUUAUUUCUGGAGAAUGUGAGAAGACACGACACUGGAACAUACGAGUGUCGAGUUAUAACCGAUGAUACUAACAGAAUCAGAACCAUCAGAACCGUCCGUCUGCAGGUUCCAGAGCCAGCAGACCUGAUUGAGGUAACAGUGGACCCUGGAGAUGAUGUCACUCUGCCAUGUCAGGCUGCUGGUUCCUCCAUCAGUGUUGUAGAGUGGACCAGACCAGACCUGAAGCCAGAUAUCGUCCUCUAUUACAGAGGUGGACGCUUGACUCCAGACAACCAGCAUCCAUCCUUUAAGGACAGGGUGGAGCUGGUGGACAGAGAUCUGAAGGACGGAGACGUGUCUUUAACUCUGAAGAAUGUGAACAGACACGAUGCUGGAACAUACGAGUGUCGAGUUAAAUCCGGUGGUACUGACCAAAUCCGACUCAUCAGAACCAUCAUUCUGCAGGUUCCAGAGCCAGCAGACCUUGUGGUACCAGUGCCCCCUGGAGAUGAUGUCAUUCUGCCAUUUCAGGCUGAUGAUCCCUCCAUCAGCGUUGUAGAGUGGAGCAGACCUGACCUGGAGCCAGAUAUCGUCCUCUUAUACAGAGAUGGAUACCUGGAGCCAACCUACCAGCAUCCAUCCUUUAAGGACAGGGUGGAGCUGGUGUACAGAGAUUUGAAGGACGGAGACGUUUCUUUAAUUCUGAAGAAUGUGAGAAGACACGAUGCUGGAACAUACGAGUGUGGAGUUAAAACCGAUGAUACUGACCAAAUCAGAAUCAUCAGAAUCAUCAGAACCAUCCGUCUGCAGGUCACAGAGCCAGCAGGUUCAAACAGCGGACACUCCAAGGAUGGACAAUCAAUGAAUGAUGUCCCUGGUGAUGGAAACUCCUCUCCUGUAGGCCGAAACCUUGGACUGGCAGCAGGUGGACUGGUUCUUGUUGCUGUUGUUGGUGUCCUGAUAUAUAAAAGACGUGAGGACAAGAGAUCAGGACCACCUGCUCAUGAUGAUGAUGGUGAUGAAGCAUCGGCCCGGUUCUAA